AUGAUGCCGAGGAAGAUAACUCUCCUCGUCAUAAACCCCAACUCUUCCGAGUCUGUCACAGACGGUCUUCAAGACGUCCUUGUACCACCACCUGGCGUGGUCCUCGAGUUCUACACCGGUCCGGGGAACGCACCGGCACAAAUCAUGGAUACGACCACUGGUGUCCUCAGUGCCGCAAGAUGCUUCGAAGACAUGGUAUCUGAACACCUCGUCGAGAAAUAUGAUGGUUUUCUUGUCUGCUGCUUCUCUGACCAUCCACUAACACACCUGCUCCGCGAGAACACCAGGAAAUCGGUAGUAAAUAUCCUCGAAGCUGCCAUUACUCAGUCACUCUUGAUUGGAGAGCGAUUUGGCAUUAUCACCACUGGCUUCGGGUAUAAAUACAUCUAUCACAAGGAUGUACGUAAUUUUUUCGGCGCGACGUCAGAACGUUUUGCGGGGCUAGUAACAACUGGGCUGGAGGUUUUGGAACUGAGAGAAGGAGAUCGUGUUCACGUCGAAAGUCUGAUCAAGGAAGGAGCGGCCAGCAUUGCGGCCAAGGGAGCUGAUGUUAUCAUUCUUGGUUGCGCAGGAAUGGCAGGAAUGGAAGAAGUCGUUAAACAGGGAGUGGUAGAAGCAGGUCUGCCACCUGUCCGAAUAGUUGAUGGAGCUAAAGCUGGAGUGCAAAUCCUGGCAGGUUUAGCAAGGUUAGAAACUUGA